AUGUUUACCGAACAAAAUGGCCGCUGGACGUCUUCUCCUAGGUCUUUGCAUGAUUCAGAAGCCUAUCCUUCCAUUAGUGCAACCGAGAAUGCAGGUAGGAAGGGAGUUCAGCCUCAAUCUCGUGUUGCCAGCUCAGGAACUUUGCUUAAUUCAGGAUCUCUGUCAGAUAGACAGAUGCUUUUACAUGAUUCAACAUGUAUACAAAAUAUGCCCAAGCAAGAUGUCAGGAAAGCUCACUCUCUUCCUCAACGUGAUCCUAGGGCUCCAGCGAAAUCUCAAAGUGACUCUGUACGGACCUUAUCUUCAAGCAGCCAAAACACUAAUACGCAUGAACUACCGGAUGCAUCUCUUGUUGAAAAGUUUGACUCCAAGCAAAAAGCUGAAAAUGCUCCAGGACAAGCGAACAUGAGUGCUUUGAUGGAAGCUGUCAUGAAGAGUGGAAUCCUUUCUAAUAAUUCAACUUGUGAUGCAAUCAAGGAGGAAAGUUUUCAAAAUGAGGUGGUCAGCCCAAGAGCACUGACCCUGUCAGCAGCCUCUAAGCUUAAGACUGUGCCCACCACUGGUGUAACAUCAGCACAGACAUCAAACGAGAAUAGUAAGGCCUCAGAUCCUAUAUCUUCCCUCUUGAGUUCCUUAGUUUCAAAGGGCUUGAUAUCUGCUUCAAAGACUGAGCUGCCAUCUCUUGUACAAUGUGCGGCUCCUUCCAUAUCACAGGACCAUAGUUCUGAUCAUUCUACCAGUAGCUCUUUGUCUGUAACCGUGGUUCCAUCAGAUGCUCAGCCCUUAGUUUCGGUGAAGAAGGGUCCUUCCACUGCACCGGAGGUUGCACCAGUCGGAACAGCAAAAUCGGAACCUGAAACCCUCAUAGGAUUGAAGUUUAGGGCAGAUAAAAUCCGUGAGCUUCACCCCGCAGUGAUUAGUAAUCUCUUUGAUGAUCUUCCACAUCUCUGCAACUCCUGUGGUGUUCGCCUUAAACAAAAGGAAGACCUUGACAGACACAUGGAGCUGCACGAUAAGAAGCUUGAGUUAAGUGGCACAAACAGUAAAUGUAGAGUUUGGUUUCCAAAGGCUGAGGACUGGUUGUCCAUACAGGUUGUUUGACCAAGAGUUCUUUGCCGAGCUGGAAGUUAGGAAAGCAAUCAAACAGGAAAUUAUUUGAGUAACCUCCAUACGAAGGCCAAGAAACCUAUCCUGGAGGAAGUGGUAG